AUGGAUAAAGAGCAGAGAUCUGCGGCUUCCAAUUUUCAGAAGUCAGUGCAAACAAGCACCAUCACUGUAGGUGCAGCCCCUCCUAGUAACGGUGAUGCCUUGACAUGGGCUUCUUCUGUCCAAGAGAAUCCGGUGCCAAUAACAUACUCCCUGUCCGCCAUCCACAACCUGUUUACUGAGAGAUAUUCCAAGCAUCUUCCUGGAGUUAACAUAGGUGUUGUGAGAGAGAAGCUGAUUAAUGCAUCCACGAAUUACUGCCAGUCUUUGAAAGACCAGGGACUGGUAGAUUCGUGCGAUGACAGCAUUCAUCUGGGAACUUGUUUGCAAGGUGUUAGAGUUCGCCAAUUUGGUAAUUCUUUUAGAUUUUUUAAGAUAUUGUUUUACAAUGGCCCUUAUGGUUGAUUACGUCACACGAGCAAAUUUCACCACCAAGCUUCGUUUCUAAGCAAAAUUCUUCGCAUUGUGAGUAAAUGAGCGUGGGUAUUCUUUUCAACUCCGCUUCCAUCGAAAUUUAUUUGUGCAAAACUCUGCAAUUUUAAAAUUUCAAAACGUGGCAGGGUGGUGAAAUUUGCUCAUGUGACGUAAACAUGCAUGAGGGCUAUUAAACAGGUCAUGAUUAUUCAGUGUGUUGGGAGUGACAAACGCUGGUAAUAAUUUCUUGAACUUCUCCCAGGGGUUGCUCCGGAUUUAAAGUGAAAGGGGCGAAAACCAAAACCCAGAAAAAUCCCUGGGGUUCCCAACAAAACCCACAAAAAUCCCUGGACUAAACAUUGACCCCCAAAAACUCCCGUGCCGAAUUUUCCAGACUUGAAAUUUCCAGAAAGCAUUAAAUGCCUGAUUAAGUGAUGUAGGCCGAAAAACAAAACGUUAGAAGUUGAAUUUUUAUGCUUGCUUAUACCAGCCGAAGUUAUUAAGAACCUUCAGAUUGUUUCAACCCCAAAAAAUCCCUACUUAAAUCAAGGCACCCCAAAAAAUACUUGCCAAAUUUUCUUGCUCCAAAAAAUUCUUCGAUCAUCCCCGUCACUUGAACUUCAGAAUAUCCCCCCUGGGGAAAUUCUCCGUGUCAAUUAUGCUCUUUUUUUUUAGGCUAUAGGCAUUUGCCAAACGUAGAUGAGACUGAGUGUAGAGCUAUCUGCCUUCUGGAGGAAAAUUGCGUUGCAGUUCAGUUCACCUUCCGGAGGGGGUGCAAGCUGCUCGACACGAAAGGAAAGUUUCAAGUUCUUACCGAUAACGCAAAAUUGUCGAAAACAGUCGUGUUUCUGCCGAGACUGCAAAGAGAAAAGAAGAACUUUAUUUUGUAUCAACUCAAAGUCAAAGCAAAUCAGCAACGCCGUGCCGAACUGAAGGCCUCUAAUAAUACACAGUGUGCUUCCUCUUGUUCAAAAGAUGCCUUUUGUCAAGCUUUUGUUAUGUGUAAACCUGCGCAAGGAAGUUGGUGUGAGAAAGCUAAGGGCAACUGCCUGUUGUAUUCCAAACAGCAAAUAACAGCUGUUGAGAAAGAUUCCGAUUCCGAGCUGCAUUUUGUUUGGAAAAAUUACACUCAAGUUACAGAGACGUAA